AUGGCCAUGUCAGACAACGAAGCGCCCGCACCCAAGCCCGAGGGCGGUGAGCAGCUGAAUAUCAAGGUGAAGGAUGGAGAUGGCAACGAGGUCUUUUUCAAGGUGAAGCGCAACACCAAGUUGGGCAAACUUCGUCGUGCCUAUGCCGAUCGUAUGGGCAAGCCAGAGAACACUGUCCGUUUCAUUUUUGAUGGACAACGUGUCCAGGAUGAUGAUACUGCCGAGUCCGUGAGUGUGAGAGGCAGAGAGAAGAUGUCUUUUGGGCCUAGCAUCCGUUGUCAGCGAGUUGGGUGUACAGGAAGUUUCACCGCUCUCAGACGGAGGGGUGGGCAAAGAAGCGCCACCAGGUAUGGACUGUGGCGCAUACAUCCCACUUGCCCCUCCAUUGCCGCAACAGUCUGUCACUUUGA